AUGCAAAUACUUCCGUUGAAUUUCUUCAUAUACACUGUGGGCGGUGUGUGGCGACCCGUCGAGUGGUCCUCGAACCUCGCCAAGUUUUCGUACAACGUCUUCACGUUCUUCACGAUCGUUCCGCUGUACUUCCUGGUGCUGACACAAUUCCUGGAUAUCGUCCUAAUCGUGGACAAUAUGGACGAUUUCGCGACCAAUUCCCUCAUGUUCAUGACUAUCGUUGGUGUUUGCUGCAAAGCCACCGUGGCGGUGUUACGUCGGAACGCGAUCAUCGAUUUGGUCGGGAUACUGCUGAAGGAGCCGUGCAAACCUCGGGACAAAGACGAAAUUAUGAUACAGGCGAAAUUCGACGAGUUUGUUAGGUCAUGCUCGAUUAAAUACUCGCUUUUGGCGACGGGUUCCAUCAUGAGCUUCACGAUAAGGUCGAUACUGAACGUUGUGCAAGGUGACUUACCCUACAGAGUGUGGCUGCCGUACGACUCAAACAAUACUCUAUUCUUCUGGAUCACGUCGAUCCAUCAGAUCAUCACCUUGACAUUCGCCACCAUCAUCAACGUCGGCACGGAGACCCUGAUCUUUGGCCUCUUCUUACAGACGUGCGUCCAACUCGAGAUCUUCGAGUAUCGUCUGCACAAAUUUGUGACGAAUAAAACGACGCACUUUCGUCGGGAGUAUCUUUCGCGCGGCUUGUCGGGUAAAGCGAAAGCGAUUUUAUCGGGAUAUAUACGUCAUCAUCUCGACAUUUACAAGUAUGCUAAAACGUUAAACAACAUAUUCAACCAGGUACUCUUUUUCCAAUUCUUCGGGAGCAUAUUGGUGUUAUGUACAAGCGUGUAUUACAUGUCGACGCACAUCACGGGGUCCGAGGCUGCAACUUUGCCGGCGUACACUAUUUGCAUGAUCGUACAAAUCUUCGUUUACUGCUGGUCCGGAAAUGAAGUCAUACUCAAGAGUGCGAACAUAGGCAGUGCGAUAUAUCAUAUGAACUGGCCCUCGCUGUCGAUCAGCGAAAAGAAGGAUCUCCUGAUGAUAAUGAAACGCAGUACAGUCCCUAUAAAGUUUACUAGUAGUUUCUUGAUAACUUUCUCCCUCGAGUCUUACAGCAACAUCCUGAAAACGUCGUAUUCGGCAUUUAACGUGUUACAACAGUCCUGAAA